AUGAAUACUCCGGCGAACCCGACGACAUUCCCAGUAUCGUCCUUCACAUCGCUCGAGCUCGUGUUCCUCUUUCGAGGUGUCAACAAGUUUGGCAUCGACCCCGCUGCCUUUCCACAGAUCUCCAAUGUUCUGCGGGACAACAGCGGCCUCAAGAGGCAGCCGACCUUCGAUGCCCAAAGGUUGAGCCCCGAGGCUCUGCAGAAGGUCUUUCUGUAUCUUGUUGGUCAAGAGAUCCGGGCCGAUCAUGUCGGCAGCAUGCCUGGGCCAGAUGGCCCUCUCUCUCCUGCCUCCAAGAAGAGAAGGCUUGAUACUCUUACGCUACCGAGCUGGAAGGAUGUUCACCAGCACAUCGAUAAGGUGCAGCAAGCCUACGACAAGGUGUUCGACUCCUACAUCGAGAGCGCUGUUCAAGAGAUCGAUCAUCUGGAGGAAGCAUACAGGAAGACAGAGGCAGAGCUAGAGCAGCUCCAACUGGCCGAAUCACAAGCUAGCGAGGAGGCCAAACAGCAAAAGGAAGAGGUCAUCGAGGAUAAAGGGGUACAAGUGAAUGGAGUUGGUGAUAUCAAACCGAAGACAGGCCCGGCGAUCGUCAAUGGCAUCCAUCCGUCUCCAAAGGCCUCGCCCAAACCAUCACCACAGCUACCGCCGUCUCAGUUACCGCAGUCUCAGCUACCACACCACGCGCAAUCCCAGCCCCGGCAACACCUUCAACAACAUCCCCAGCAACAGCAUCAACAACAGAAUUUGCAGCAGUCUAUGCAACAGCCUUUACAGCGGCCACAGCAGCUGACGCCACAGCCCCAUGUGCCUCAAGUGUCUCAGCCAUCGCAACCGCCGCAACCCCCUCAACCACCGCAGUUACCCCAGCUGCAACAGCUGCAGCUACCACUGCAAUCACCACAGACACUGCAUCAAGCACAGCCGCCACAGCAUGGCCAUGUACCACAGCAAACACAUGUGCAGCAAGGGCAGCUGCCACAGCAAGCACAGCAAGCACAGCAAGGUCUCCAACAAGGGCAACGGCUACCGGGACAGGGACAGCCCUCACAGCAGCUGCAUCAAGGACAGCCAGCUCAACAUAUGGUUCAAGGACAACCGCCACAGCAAGUCCAGCCAUUGCAGCAACCAAACCCAUUGCCACACGUCCAGCAGUCACAGCAAUCGCAGCAACCACAACCACCGUUGCGGCCACUGCAGCCUCUGCUCCCACAUCUUGCACCCCGUCAAGAUGCCAGAAACGGACUUGGCUCUCCACAUUCCCAGCAUGCUUCUCUCGAUAAAGCAGGUCCGGCCCCUCGUCCUCCCACCUUGAAUCACCCGCCCACCACUCGUUCACCACAGCUUGGCCAUCCCGACGUCUCAAGGGGUCCUUCUGCCAGACCUUCAGAGCCGCCAAAGUCGCUCGGUGGAUCGCCGCAAGUUCUCCAAGCACCGCAAGGGGUGCCCUCUUUCCAACCAUUGUCCCAGUCGCCUGCUCCAGCUCCUGCCGCAGACGGCCUGCAGAGGCCAGAUGGCGUUGCGAGAGCACAUCAGUCUCCGGGCCCUCUGCCAGCGAGCCCGCAUAUGCCGCCGUCGCAGUCACAGUUGAAAUGGGAGCCGCCAUAUCAACCCUCUUCUGGCGCUCGGCCCCCGAUGAACUCGCCAUUACAACACGGCCCUAAUGUGUUUUCUCCCCCUCCGCAUAUGGUGGCUUCCCAACGGCCACCACCGAUCUCGUCUCCUUUGCAAGGGCAAACAAACAGGCCGUUGCCACAGCAGGUUUUGCACCCCCCUCAUACUCAUACGACGGGUCAAUUUGUGCCUCUUCAACCAACACCUGUUCGGCCCGCUAUAGACGCAACAAACAGGCAGCCACCGCCGGUUUCGAGCCCAGGGCCGAACAACACGGUGCAGUCCCCUUUCCAUCCUGGGCCAUACCACAACUAUCCCGUUCCGUCGUCCCCUCACCCAACUCAACCUCAGCAACAUGCUCCUAAAGCCCCUCAACAUGGCGCUGUCACACAUCCUCCUUCAGUACGGAGCCCGGCCGUUGCUUCGCCCGCCUCUACAUCAGGGAUUCAUCUGCCACGAUCUAAUCAAGGACUGGCGGCUCCUUCUCAACAACGACCACAAUCGCUGCCUCACUUGCAAGCGCCUUCGCCAUAUCCCCAAGCUACUCAUCCUCCUGCUGUACCCUCACCAGCUGGCCCCCAAAAUGGAGGAUACAGUUCCCCAUAUCACCCUCCCCGGCCUGCUCCAGUGGAACGUAUCCAUCCACGUGCGCCUGCGACAACGACGCCUGUUCCACCCGCUAGAUUCGGGCCUGCGCCGUCUGCCCCCCAGACGCCGGCUGUUAUGCAACAGCAGCCCUUCGUCAUUUCGGCUAAGAUGACAAAGUGGAAGACGGAAUCCACUCCUUCGACGCCGAAGGGUGGACUUGAAUUUCAGUUUGGGUGGGAUGAGAAGCCUAGUCCACAGACUGAACCAAUCAGUCCCGUUCUGGAACCGGCGCCCUUGCCAUCAGCCGCCCCCCACGAGUCACCAAAGAAAGCACCAGAGCAAUCGCAGGCUAAACAGACCCCGAGUUCCUCAGGUAAGCCCGGUAGAUCAAGGGUGCCUCAGUCAACCAGGGAUGCAACCUCUCCCUCUCCAGUGGCGUCCGGGUUAAGGAAUACAUCUGUCAAGGCUACCGAAGAGGUGGUGCUACCCAUAAAUGAGCCGGAUGUACCCAAGAUCAAGGAUGAGGCCAUGACGCCGCGCCCAACCACCGAGACUGGCGACACCGCAGCAGAUGAGAGUAUCUCCAACAGACCGAAUCCGGCACGCUCAACUAAGCGGAAACGAGACGAAUCUACGCCAGCCUCGGUCCAAUCCCCAAGGGGACGACAGCUGACAGAUGCAUCCCGUGAUGAUUCGAUGCCGCCUAAUAUGCCCAAUGUCGUCCUCUGGACCCGCUCUUUCCACAAGGUCAGCGGCUCUGCCAUGGAGUCGAUUGUCGGCCACCGGUCAGCCAACAUGUUUGCUGCCCCCAUCCGAGAGAAGGACGCACCGGGCUAUCAUAAGGUGAUCAAACAGCCCCAGGACCUGAAAACCAUCCGCAGUGCCAUCGCCCACGGGAACAAGGCCGCCGCGCAAGCAGCCGCUGCUUUGCCGGGGGGUGACCCAGGCGGUAGCUGCUGGCUCCCUCGGACAGAAGAGCUUGUCCCACCAAAGAGCAUCAUCAACUCUGGCCAGCUCGACCGCGAGCUCUCUCACAUUUUUGCCAACUGCAUCAUGUACAAUCCCGACCCGUGGCACGGACCAGGCCCGGCUUUCCUACCCCAGGAGGAUGAUUCUGAGGGACUGGAAGCUGGCGCGCACCAGGAUAAUGUCGUGGGGUACAAGGUGGACGAGUUUGGGAUCGUCAACGAUGCCCGCGCCAUGUUUAUCGAGGUCGAGCAGCAUGUUAGUGAGUUGCGCUCGGCGGAGAAGCGUAGUGCGCCCCCCGGUGGUGGACAUGCUGCGGGGGCGGAGGGUGUGUUUACUGGGACGAGCACAAGGCAGGCUAGCGUUGCGAUGCAACAUGGCGAUGGCGGUUCCAAGGAUGACGUGUCUGGUGCAGAGGAACAGGACGAGCAGACGGCGACCGAGACGGAGAAUAAUGACGGGAGAUCCAAGAGAAGGCGAACGGGGAGAGCCUAG